UUAUCAGGUUAAUGCCGGCACAGAGUUGGCCGCCCGCUACCACAAUAAAUCGCCCCUGGAGAACCAUCACCGCGCCGUCACCAUGGAGAUUCUGGGCCGGACACAAUGUAACAUCUUCAGCCACACGGACCCGGAAGAGGCUGAGAAAAUCCUGGAGGACGUUGCGGAUCUCAUCCUGGUCACUGAUUUGUUCCAUCACCACAAGGUCCUGAAGUCUCUACAAGACGUCCAAAGCUUCAGCUUCUCCGAUACAGAUCAUGUGACUGUGCUGAAGAAGGGUCUCAUUAAGUUCUGUGAUAUUUCCAAUGAGGUGCGACCAGCAGAGGAGGCGGAGCUCUGGGCUCAUGUACUAAUGGAAGAAUAUUUCAUGCAGAGUGACCUCGAGAAGGCCGAGGGUCUUCCCAUCACCCCAUACAUGGACCGAGACACCGUGACGAUGGCAGAAUCACAGGGAUCAUUCAUCACCUUCCUGCUCAUCCCUCUGUGUGAGGCCCUAUGCCAGAUCUUGCCUCAGAUGACGGUCUGGAUGUUACAGCCACUGGAGGAGGCCAAACUACGAUACGAGAGGCAGAUUCUUGAGGUCCCGACCAAAAACCUGUGAUGUCGGCACAAGCGUCAAAUGCCUCAACCCUCCCACCGCUCCUCCACCCGGAAGCUCCAGAACCCCAUUUCCACCCCAGAGGAGCCCACCGCUGAAGAGCCCAC